AUCCCUCAUCGACGACCAACCCCUCUCUCUGCGCUUCUCUAUUGUCAAUUCGUCCGACGACCCAGUGCCACUCAUUACGCCUCUGGGUUUUUUAUUGUUAGCCUGCUAGAAGCCGUAAAAGGAUGGAGAAGGAAAAUGAGACAAAGGCAGAGCAAGAAGAGCAAGAGCAAGUUGUGAAUCCAUGGGAAGUAUCUGCUAAAGGCUCUGGCAAGAUUGACUAUGACAAACUAAUCGAUCAAUUUGGUUGUCAAAGGCUGGACAAAACCUUCGUUGAUCGAGUUUUUCGCCUAACUUCUCGUUCUCCUCAUAUCUUCCUGCGCCGCAACGUUUUCUUUGCUCACAGAGACUUUAAUGAGAUUUUGGAUGCUUAUGAACGUGGGGAGAAGUUCUAUCUGUACACAGGCAGAGGCCCUUCAUCUGAAGCUUUGCAUUUGGGGCAUCUUGUUCCUUUCAUGUUCACCAAAUAUUUGCAGGAGGCUUUUAAGGUUCCUCUAGUCAUACAACUGACGGAUGAUGAAAAAUGCAUGUGGAAGAACCUUACGGUAGAGGAGAGCAAGAGACUUGCCCGCGAGAAUGCGAAAGAUAUAAUUGCUUGCGGAUUUGACAUCUCAAGGACCUUCAUCUUCUCAGAUUUUGAUUAUGUUGGUGGUGCCUUUUAUGAGAACAUGGUAAAGGUUGCAAAGUGUGUCACAUACAAUAAGGUUGUUGGUAUAUUUGGUUUUACUGGUGAAGAUCAUAUUGGAAAGAUCAGUUUUCCGCCCGUCCAGGCUGUUCCAUCAUUCCCCAGUUCAUUUCCACACCUGUUUUCUGGAAAAGAUAAACUCCGCUGCUUGAUUCCAUGUGCAAUUGAUCAGGAUCCUUAUUUCAGGAUGACACGAGAUGUUGCUCCUCGGUUGGGUUAUAGCAAGCCUGCAUUAAUCGAAUCGUUAUUUUUUCCAGCCCUUCAGGGAGAGACGGGCAAAAUGUCUGCAAGCGAUGCCAAUUCUGCAAUAUAUGUAACCGACUCUCAGAAAGAUAUCAAGUACAAGGUGAACAAAUAUGCAUUUUCAGGAGGGCAAGAUUCUGUUGAGAAUCAUAGAAAAUAUGGAGCGAAUCUUGAGGUGGACAUACCUUUCAAAUACCUUAGUUUCUUCUUGGAGGAUGAUGAUGAACUUGAACAUAUUCGGAAGGAGUAUGGUUCGGGACGCAUGCUUACAGGUGAAGUGAAGAAGAGACUAAUUGAAGUUUUAACAGAAAUAGUGGAAAGACACCGUGCAGCUAGGGCGGCCGUGACUGAUGAGAUGGUUGAUGCGUUCAUGGCGGUAAGACCGCUUCCAAAUAUGUUCAACUGAAUGGAUGGAUGGAUGGAAGAUGACCAUGUCAUUUACUUGUCUAAAAAAAUGAUGGAUGUUGGAAAACAAGGCAUCUGUUUUUGUACUAUUUGCAUCCUGGUUUUGUGUAACACCUUAAUUUCUUUCUUGUUAACUUUUACAUCAAAAUCACAAUUGGUGUACAUCAAACUUAUUGUUGUUCAAGGAAAAGAUACAGCA